AUGACCAGAUCCAACCACCCCCUCACCCAAGACUACUACGAAGUCCUCAACCUCCCCUUCACGGAGACUCCCACAGCGCUUUCUAAACAACAACUCAAAGCAGCCUACCACAAAGCUCUGCUAAAGUACCACCCGGACAAAGCGCCCGGCGCAAUCGCAGACACCAGCAGCCUUCCCACAUCAGACACAAACUCUUCAUCGCACACAAGCCAUCGCUACACAAUAGACGAGAUCACAACCGCGUACAAAACACUUUCUGAUCCAUAUCUACGCGCUGAAUACGAUCGGUCGCUGCGACUCGAUCGCGCAAGGGUCGCGGAGCGGGAGAAGACAGGGACGGUUUUCCAUACGGGGUUGGAGGUUGUUGAUCUGGAGGAUCUUGCGUGCGAUGAGAGUGAUGCAGACGCUGCGCUCUGGUAUAGAGGGUGUCGGUGUGGCGAUGAGAGGGGGUUUUUGGUUACGGAGCAGGACUUGGAGAGGGAGGCGGAUCAUGGGGAGAUUGUUGUUGGGUGUCGGGGGUGUAGCUUGUGGAUGAAGGUUUUGUUUGCUGUUGAGGAUGGGGAUGGCGAUGAGCAGAAUACUUGA